AUGGAUAAUGAUAAUGAUCACGCUAAUUUAAUCAACGAUUUUAUAGCUGUAGCCUCUUGUGAUGAACUGCAGGCUAAAUUUUAUCUGGAAGCUAAUAACUGGAAUUUAAAUGAGGCAUUAAGUAAUUUUAUUGAACAACAAGAGACUGGAGAACAGGAAACUGUAGCUUCAAGCUCAAGCGGACCAAAUUAUGGAACUGAUUCUUUUGUUCCUCCGGUCACUGUCCCUGGUUCUUCGGCUCCUAGCUCUCGUUUUGCAACUCUACGUGAUCUAGACGAGGAAGCUUCUGAGGAAGAGGAUGACGAAGAGCGCGAGAACUUCUUUGCUGGAGGAGAAAAAUCUGCGGUUUUUACACAAAAUCCAAACGUAAAAUCAUCCACAAAUUCAUUAGUUACCGAUAUUCUGAAAAAAGCUGCCGAAGGUGGGCGUCAUGUCGAAGAACCUGAGGCUAUCACUGCAGCUCCACGUUCAUUUUUCACUGGCGCUGGAUAUAAACUAGGUAGCGAAGAAGAACCUUCGAUUAAAAUUGAGAAUGAGGGUUCUUCAACCUCAUCAACCGAACCUCAAACAACGGUUGUUCGACAUUUAACAUUUUGGAGAAAUGGAUUUAGCAUUGAGGAUGGUCCUCUAAUGGCUUAUAAUGAUCCCGCAAAUGAAGAAUUUUUGAGAGCUAUUAAUAGCGGUCGGGCACCUUUGGCCUUAUUGAACGUGAAGCAAGAUCGACCUGUAGAUGUUCGCGUUACUAGAAGAUUAGAUGAAGACUAUAAGCCUUCACCAAAGAAACCUUCCCAACCAUUUUCAGGUUCAGGUAAAAGGCUUGGAAGCCCAACUCCUGCAGUAAUUUCAAACACGCCUGGCGCAUAUCCUUCAACCUCUUCGACCUCAAGUGCAGCUAGCGCAUCAACACUGAGACCAUAUGAAUUCGAAGUUGAUGAAUCAUUGCCAGUAACAUCAAUUCAAGUUCGAUUGGGGGAUGGAACAAGAAUGCUUGCUAGGUUUAAUCAUACACACACAGUCAGGGAUAUUCGUAAUUUUAUUAAUGCUUCGAGAGUUGGUGAAGCAUCGCGUAACUACGUUUUACAAACAACAUUCCCUUCAAAAGAACUCAGUGAUGAAUCGUUAACCAUCUUUGAAGCAUCUCUUUUAAAUGCUGUUGUUGUACAAAGAUAUACAUAA